AGUUGUGCAGUGCGCGAAAAUGGGGCUCAAAGAAUGUCAGAUAUUCUUCGAUAAUCCAUACAGCACAUAUUAUGCUGGACAAACGGUGAAUGGGCGAGUCGUUUUCUCGUUUGAUUCAACCAAAAAAGUUAGAGGUGUCUACAUUGUGUUCAAAGGUGAAGCUCAAACCGGCUGGGCAAUCGAAGAGUCUCGCACGAAUGAUCAAACUCACGAGACUGAAAAGGAGCGAAUUGAUCUCUCCGGAUCUGAGGAAUACUUCAAAACUCAGUAUUAUCUUAUCGGAGGUGCUGGUGGAGGAGAACAUGAAUUACCAGCCGGAACUAAAGAGUUCCCGUUCACUUGCGUCCUGCCGCCUACUCUGCCCUCGUCUUUUGAGGGAGAGUUUGGUCAUGUGCGAUACACCGUCAAGGUUGUGCUUGAUAGACCGUGGAAGUUUGAUCAGGAGACUAAAGCUGCCUUUACUGUAUUGUCACCGGUUGAUUUGAAUGCUAAUCCAAGUCUUAAGGACCCUCAACGUAUAACAAUGGAAAAAUUCUUCUGUUGCUUCUGCUGCAAGUCAGGCCCACUCACCUGCAUCGUCUCCAUCCCAAAACGCGGCUACGUCCCCGGCGAAACAAUCCCACUAGUCAGCGAAGUCGACAACGCCUCCAACGUCGAAGUCCAGAGCGUGCAGUUCGUCUUUCGCAAAGUCGUCAACUACGUAUCGCAACGUCCACAACGCGAAACUCGCAAAGACAUCGUCGUCCUCGAAACCAUCUCGGUUGGUCCUGUCCCCGGUCACGAAUCAAAGACAUGGAAUCAACCACUGGUCAUUCCAUCACUGCCACCGUCGAAUCUCGUCAAUUGCUCACUCAUUGACUUGGACUAUGAAUUAUAUAUUGAAGCUAAAGUCACCGGAUUGCACAGUAACCUGACUGCGCAGAUUCCCUUAACCAUUGGUACAAUACCAAUGCGUGAAUCUCUCCCGCAACCAUCGGCACCACCCGCCGGUGGUGAUGCUUUAGCCGGAUGGGCGAAUCCAGGUGGUAUUUAUCCAAGUGUGCCUACAUUAACAGAAAGUCAGUUCGGUGCAAGACACCUACGCGAUUCGGACGACAACGAGUACACACGCAUGAACAACGACACCUUCAGGCCUAACUAUCCUGUCUUCAACUUUACUAACACGUAAAAUGAUUGCACAAACUGUUUGCACAAUUGUGGUGAGUACGGUGAGUAUUCAUAAGAUUCAAGAGUCUAACAGUGAGGUUAUGUCGCUAGUGUAUAACAAUCGCGCAAAAUGUUCGUCGUAAGUCUUUUUCAAACUGGUUGUGGGUUCAAAUGUUGUCUGCUUUGACGGCUUUUUAUAAGAUAUACACCUAUAUGAAUAUAUUACAUGUUAUUGCUUUAAAUGUUUAAAUGUUUGCUCAUCAAAAUACGUUUCAUUUGUUUGUUUUUGUUACUUUUAAGACAUUUAAACUGCACAACUACUAUUUCUUUGCAGAUUGUUUAUGAUGUGGAGAGAUUUUGUAAUUUUUAUGAGAUUUUAAAUUUAAAAUAAUUCUUGGCAUUAUUAUCGAAUUGAUAUUAUUAUACUUAUAAGUAUUUUUAUAAUGUACUCUUGAUGUAAAUCGUAAAGCUUUGUUUGUUUCUUUGUUCGUUCGUCAGUAAAAUGACUCGUUUUUGUUUGUUACAAAUGAAUUGACUUACAAUUCAUCGCGUUCUUCGAUGUUCAGCAACUCGAUAUGAAAUAUAAGCGUCGAUUCGGGUGGAA